GCUCAACAAUGUAGUAAAUUGUCCAUCACUCCAGAUGUGUUCAUGGCCCGCAAGUCCCAAUCAAGCUUGCCAUCCGGGAGGUCCGUUCGGUUGUCAUGCCACUGCCCUGCUUCUCGGGUUUGCAAUGCCUGGUGUCCAAGCUCACGCUGUUCGGAACGGACCGAAGGGACCGAGCUGGCGCGGACGUCACUGGGAAGAUGGAGCGCAGAGCCCAGUGGAACGAAGCACAGAAACUGGCACAAAGGAUACUGCGCGAAUGGAUGCAAAAGCAUCCAGGUGAGCCUGUCCCAGAGGAGGUGUUCCGGCACUGUCAGCAGGAAAUCGAGAGUUCCAUUUCCAUUGACACCACUCAAUCGCUUCAGUCCUUCGUACGCUAUGCUCAUGUGGAUUUAUUGAGGGUCGAGGGGCCACCACAGAAGAUUCGAUCUGAAGAGGAGUGGCAGAGCUUGUUUUCCCGCUAUCCCACCUUGGAGAAUGGUUUCAUGCACUGCUUUGACUCCAGUGAUUCUGAGGGUAUGAGAGCAGCUUUGCAGAAGUAUGGCUUUUGCGUGGUGAAAGUCCUGACCAAAGAUGAAUGCGAACAGAGCGUGCAAGCCAUGUUUGAAGAGAUCAAUCACCUCCGCAUCCAGAAGAGCUUGGAGGGUCCCCUGAUCAAUGUGGAAGAUCACUCCACUUGGGAGGACAAGAACUGGCCUUCCAAUUGUAAGUUCCUGGUGGAUUAUGUGGCCUUGCAUCCCCAAGCCUUUGCAAAUCGCUGCUCCAAGAAGAUCUACGAAGCAUUCUGCGGCAUCUUCCAAGAGUCCCGGCUGCAUGUUUCAGUGGACAAGUGGGGAGUAGCUCGAGGAGCCAAGGGGAAAGCCCGGUGGAGGAUCGGAUUGAGACCCCACUGGGACCUGAAUCCCUGGCAGUGCCUCCGAGACUUUGAGAGUGGCAACCCAGGCAUUCCAGGCCAUCCAGGCUACCAGGGAAUGGUGGCAUUGAGGGACCAGGAUUUGGAGACUGGUUGUCAUCUCACCUUACCAGGCUGCACGCAUUUCUUGAAGCAGUGGAGCCUGGAGCGCAAGUUGGAGAAGGUUUCCAAGACCAUGAAAUCCUUUCGCGCCUCACAGGAGGAUCCUUUGCUGCGAUAUAUGCAACCUGUACCCUUGCGACAAGGGGAGAUGGUGAUUUGGUCAUGCGCACAACUACAUGGCUCCAGCCAUAACCAUAGCAACAAGAUGCGCUUGAGCCAGUACAUCCGCAUGUUCCCAGCCAAGGAGGCGGGCUGGAGCAUCAACUACGACGAACGCGACACGUUCAGCUGCACUCGAGUCUUACCCAGGGCCAUCCGAAAGGGCGACCUGCCACAAGAGGCCUUGGAAGGUCUGGAGGAGCGCAGCCGAUGUUUGUUGGGACUCGAACAGUGGCCGACAGUGGCCCGAAACUGAGCAGUUUCUUCCAAAGCCGCUUGGUUGAUAUGGGUUAUACAUGGUUAUACAUGGCUUUACUAUGUUUUACUAUCUAAUAGAUUGGGGAAAUAACAAUAACCACAAUCCAUGCGAACCAGUAUAAAAGGACGACUGGGGGGUUUGAACACUGCUGACAUGAAAUUUGUCGGGGGAAUUGGCGGGUAGAAGCCCAAGGACAAGCGAUGCUGUUGUCAGAUGUACAGUGUACAGAAGCUUCUUGCUGCCUGAAAAUGUAAAAAAAAACAGGUCAGAAACGAGCUGUACUUUUGAAAGUGUGGUUUGGAGGGAGCCCUUUGGUCAACAUGAUGUGGAAGCCAUGUCCUACAUGAUGAUUUCGGUGAUCCAUCUCGGCUCAAGCCGAAGUCAGCCGAAGUCACCCGAACUUACGCC